AUGAAGUUAGAUCCAUCGCAUUUUUGUUACUUAACAAAUACGGAGUUCCGCGUUCUCACGGCAAUAGAAAUAGGCAUGAGAAACCACCAAUACAUCCCAGUGAGCCUAAUUACAACCAUGGCAAACCUGAGAUCGGUCGGAAUGACGAAUGUGAUUUCUUCCCUGCUUAAGGCAAAGCUGAUAGUCCACUGCGGAAAGGUGUACGACGGAUACAAACUGACGUUUCUGGGCCUGGACUACCUGGCGCUGCGAGCGCUGUCAAAAAGAGGAGUAAUAGCGUCAGUAGGAAGAAGAAUAGGAGUGGGAAAGGAGGCAGAUGUGCACCUGUGUAAAGAUACAUCGGACAAUUUGGUAGUGUUGAAGUUCCACAGACUAGGACGCAUAUCAUUUAGAUCAGUGAAGAAUAAUAGAGACUACAUGGGAAACAGAAAGCACGCAAGCUGGAUGUACCUGUCACAGCUGGCAGCGAAGAAGGAGUAUUCGUACCUGUCGAACCUGUACGACGAGUCGUUCCCAGUGCCAGAGCCAAUAGAUUUCAACAGACACGUUAUCGCAAUGAGAUACAUAGACGGAAUACCACUAUCGCAGGUAAGGGAGAUGGGAAGCCCGAAGAAAGUGCUGCACAUAAUAAUGAGCCUGAUAGUAAAACUGGCGAGACUGGGAAUAAUACACGGAGACUUCAACGACUUUAACCUGAUGAUCAACGAGGAGGGAAACAAAGUGACAGUGAUAGAUUUUCCACAAGUGGUCUCGGUGUACCACGAAAACGCAGAGUUCUACUUCGACAGAGACGUGAGGUCGGUGGUGGAAAUGUUUAAAAGGAAGUUUAAAAUAGAUGUGGUAGAGUUCCCAAAGUUCAGUGAUGUGGUAAAAACAGUCGAUCAGUCUAAGGUGGAGAAGCUGAAGGUGGACAUAAGUAGCCUCGAUAAUGAGUUUCUGAACGACGUCUUUCAAAAUUUGAGGCAGGAGGCACCGGAAGGAAGAAAGGACGCUGAUCAAGUGGCAGAAGAUAUGGAUGACUUGAAAAUAGAAAGUGAAUACUACGAUAUCAAGGAGCUUAGUUCGGAUGAAGACUUAGAUAAAUAUAAGCAAAAUUACGAUGAUUAUGAAGAUUCUGAAAAUGGUGACCGACAUGAGGAUGGUGAUGGUGACGGUGAAUCUGAAGAAGGUGAUGAUGAUGGUGAUAAGCGAGAGGGGAAGAAGCACAUACAAAUAUGGAAGCCACACGUAAAAAGGUAA